GUGAGAGUCAGGGGGAGGAGACUUUGACAAUGAAUUUGCUGAGGACACAUGUUUACAAUAAUGGGGGAGAGAGGAGGAAUGGAGCUGCACAGGAGGAUCACCAAACACUAUGGUGCCUCUGUUGAACAGACUGACAGUCAAGGAAGCUAAUGAAAGCCUCUACAGAGGUACACCAAUGCGCUCAUUGACCUGGGUUCUCGCAGGGGAAACAUGCUAGACAUAUGUUAGAUGAGUUAUCACGGAAGCUGAUAACAUCAUUGACUUCAUUGUUCUGUACAAAGUGAGAUACACAAUCCCUGUUCCCGAACAAACUGAUUAAAGGGGGACAAGUCACACUGACAGGACACACACUUCAAGGGGAUGACUGAUGUUCAGCUGCUGAAACCUUCACCAGAAGAGUCUGUGUUUGGUGCCCAGCCUUCCCACAGGAUGGCAUCCACUGUGUCUGCUGGACCCCGCACCGUCCUUGGCGCCUCGAGGCCCCCUAUGGCCGUAUGGCCUCCUCUAGACUUUGCCCUGGGUGCUUUUGCCUGCUGCGCUGCCUGUGUCUUCACCAACCCCCUGGAGGUGGUAAAGACUCGUCUGCAACUUCAGGGAGAGCUGCUUGCACGGGGGUCCUACCAGAGACACUACCGCGGGGCCCUGCAGGCCCUGUGGGUGGUGGGCCGCACAGACGGGCUCCGGGGCCUGCAGAAGGGACUCUCUGUUGGGUUGAUGUACCAGGGUGUGAUGAACGGUGUGAGGCUGGGCUCCUACUCCUACUGUGAAGCUCUGGGUGUCACCUCCUUCCACGGUGGGAGUCUGCUGUCAGGGGCUGUGGCCGGGGCACUGGGGGCCUUCAUUGCCUCUCCUGCCUACCUGGUGAAGACCCACCUGCAGGCUCAGACUGUGGAAGCCAUAGCAGUAGGCCACCAGCAUAACCACCUGGGAGUGUCUGAUGCCUUUGUAACCAUAUAUAGAAGAGACGGUUUAAUUGGUCUGUGGAGGGGUGUGAACGGGGCCGUGCCUCGUGUCAUGGUGGGAUCAGCUGCUCAACUGGCAACCUUCACGUCAGCCAAGGAAUGGGUGUCACAUUCCCAGUGGGUUAGUCCUAACAGCUGGCUCACAGCUUUGACAGCAGCCAUGAUCAGUGGAGUAGCUGUGGCCAUCAGCAUGACACCUUUUGAUGUCAUCAGUACACGACUCUACAAUCAGCCCGUGGAUGAGUUUCGUAGGGGGCGUCUGUAUCAGGGAUUUUCCGAUUGUAUGCUGAAGGUGUGCCAGGCUGAGGGCCUAAGGGGCUUGUAUAAAGGGAUGGGCCCCGUCUUCCUGCGCUUGGCCCCACACACAGUGCUCAGCAUGCUGUUCUGGGAUCUGUUGAGGCAACAGACAGUGAAGGACAAACAGGGCGGGAGCUGAGACCUCCUGAACCAUUGACUCCACUCAGCCACCCUAACAUUAACACUGAAUUUAGGACCUUCUCAAAGACGAGUCACAUCAACCUUCUCUUCUAACUUUCUCUCAGAACGUGAUUGAGCAUAUUUAAUGUGGAACAAUUUAAGUGAAUAUCCCUCUGUCUGAAAAGAAGAAGAUCAGCAUUAAGUACUUGAUAAAGUGGGAAACAUGUUGCACAGACUCAAUCAAAAGUGUUCAGGGCUUCCAAACAAUUUUAUGAAUAUUUUGAAAUGUAUGCUGUUAAACUACCAGGUUUUGCCUUUAAUACCUCAUUUACUUAUUAAAUGAAUUGCAUGUGUCUGCUGGCAGUAAAGCUAAAUAGAGAGGAGUGAGAGUCCUGAUGGCUCGCAGUCAUAUCAAGAGGAGAUAAAAACACAUAGAUUAUUAAAACACAAGCUCUGUAUUAAAUGCAUCUCUGUGUGGCUGCUGUGAUUUGUUGCAGGUUAAUACACCAUUAUAGUUGCCUUGUCUGUUAAAUGUGAAGAAAAACAUCUGAUGGGAAUGUUUUUAUGUUCUGGCACAUCAAAUUGAGGUUUUUAUGUACAGAAAUGUAACCUAUCAAUUCUUCAAGCCUUUGAAUUAAUAACAAUAAUAAAAAAUAAAGUUAUUUUGUAUGAAAAGCA